AUGAUAUCAUUUCACAAAUAUAAUACCAGAGGAAAUUAUCUUUAUGUUCGAAGCUCGAAUGAUACAUCUUCUAAUAAGUAUUAUGUUAUUAAAGACGGAUUUGGUAUUGACAGUUGUAAUAUAACAAAGUCUGAAGUCGAUGAUAAUAUAUUUCGUUUAAAUGAGGUCGACUGGUUGAUUAAACGAACGCGGAAUCAUUAUUCUGUAUUAGGUUGCUUUUGGUUUGGAGUUGCCAUUACAUUUACUAUUAGUGUUGCUGGAACAAUAUUUGAAUAUCGUCAAAAGGAUUAUUUUAAAGGUGAACCACGAUGUGUUCGUUAUUGUCAAACCAUCAUUCGUUUUCUUCGAUCAUUCGUAUACAAAUCUUGUGUUGUUCUACCGUCGUUAUUUCUAUUUGCAUUUGACUAUACAACGCCUUGUCUUAAAUUGCGUGCGUCGAUAAUAACGCGUCUUAUUAUGGAAGAAAUGAUCAUAUUUAGCGCCAUUUUUACAGCAGCAUUCGGUUUGUUAACUAUCGAUUUGUUCUUGGAAGGAAUAUCCAAUCGUCCAAAUGCAACUUGUUCUAAGAUAGAUAAAUGUCCUCAAUGCGGACGGUGUCUCGUUUUCAUAAUCAUAGGUCUCCUGCUUUUGAUCAUUUUAUUAAUGUUAUUCCUGUAUAUAAUGCAAAUGAUGUUCACAGUAAUGUCUCAGAUUGAUUCUGUGCUCAUUACGCUUAAUGUUGUUUUAAGUAUAAUAAGUAACUGUCCGUGCUGUAGAUGAAUAUUAGAGAUUUUUUUGUCAAUGAUACUGUAUGAUUUGCUAGUAUUUGAAUAAAAAGUAUGAAGCUCGAUGUAAACUUGGCGAUCUGCUUUUGAAAUUUCUGCUUUGGAUUUUCGACACAUCGAAAUUGCAACGGAAUUGCUGCGAAUUUACAAAUUCCGAUGGAAUUGGAUAAUAUUUAUUAAAUCAGAAGAACAAAUAUAAAAUUAAUAAUGUAAUAAUUUAUGUUAGGUUUUUUGUAUUUUUAAUCAAUAUUUUCUUCUCACUCAUUAUAGCUAUGAAUAAUUGUCAGAUAUCAUGCUUCUGAACAGAUCUUUUUGUAGGGUUCAUUUACUUUUGUAUAUAAUUCUUUAAAAAAGGUUUUUACUAUUAGAAAAUAGUGAUCAUAUAGUUAAAUGAGGAAACAGAGUUUGAUAAAAAACCGCACCCUAGAAGAUCGACAAAAAAUGUUUUCCAAUCAACGAAUCGUAUCUAGCACAGAAUUUUGGAGCAUAGUGAGGAUACCGAGGAUAGUGAAGAUACUAUCUCCACUACCAUGACCAUCCUCCAUAUCCGACACUUCCCACUUCCCUGACUAUCUUCACCAUUGAUCUCCAAGAAUCUCGAUUACUUUGACUAUGUUCAAGUUUAACGGGCAAAUAAUGAGCAGUUUAAAUGUCAUAAUGAUCCAAUUUGCAGCCGAUUUUUUUGCUAUAUUAGUGACGAUCUGGAUUGGAUCUUAUUGUUUUUGAUCAAGCAUAAGCAAUAAUCAAAUAUUAAAUGAAAGAUUAUAUCGUUCUAUAUCAUACAAUCUUGUAUCUGUCUCAGCUACCUGAUCUUACACUUGAUUAAUUCCGUCGCCAAAGGAGUAGUAUCGAUAAGUAGGUUUUUCGUUUCAAAAAAUUUCCGAUUGAAAGUCACAUAUUUGGAAUCAGCGUCGAAUUCUGAACAAAAUGGCCGAUUCAGAUUUUUUCCCGGCUGUCUGAAAUGCUUUGUUACCGUAAUGUUUUGGUAAUUUUAACGCCCGUUGUAGCCGUUCGUAAAUCCACUGCAGCUGCGUGAAAAGGCAUUACAGACAUUCAGGAGACGUCUUAUUGUG